CUGCUUGUGAUAAAUGAGGAAGAGAAGAGAGAGAUCGCUGUGCCCGGGUUUGGAACGUUCAAGGAUGUCUCGGUUGACAUAAAGUGCGAUAAGGGGGAUCGGAUGCGAUACCAAUCCGAUGUGCUCGAGUUCAAUCAGAUCAUAUUUCAUGCACGUAAAAGAAGCUUCUCCCCUCCUGAUUGAGAAGCAGAGGGAUGAUAUCGUAGCUAAAUAGCAUCGACCGUAUCAAAUACUCGAGAAAAUGCAUCUUUAAAAUUUGGCUGAUCAGAGGUUUUGGGAUGCUAAGAAAAUCUCUCAAGCCAUUUAGAGAGAUCGAAUAGAGCUGAAGGAAAGAGCUGUUUAAUACAAGCAAUCGUAAAUGACCAAUCUUUGCUCAGCUCCAAGGAAACCAUCUGAAGUAUGUAUCCAGAGGAAAAUGUCAAUGAAAGAUUCUGCAUCAAGAAGUAGAUUUCUUCGGAAAACAAAAACAUCACACACAAUGUUCUUCUGCCUGUUGUAAAUUUAGAGAAUUAGACGACAGUAGUUAUGAUCUUUGAACCACAAAAAAAAUAGAAGACGAGAAAUUGGUUGUGAACAGCAUCACCAACCAAGAAAUAAUUAGACCACCGAGUAGGUCGAGCUAACAAAGCCAUCUUCGAAUUGAUUUCUGGGGACAAAAAAGGGAUCGCUUUCUUCAUUUUUAGAUGGUUAGGCUUUGACCAACACCAGUAGAUGGAAGCUGUCGAUGACUGCAUUCUUCUAUCUAAUUCAUGCUGCUAAUGAGGGGUACUCAAAGCGUGAGCGAAGAAACAGAGAUGGAGUGCGAAGAAUGGCGAUCUUAACAAAUAUAUCUUCCUAAAAGGGCUUACUUGUUGGAGCUCCAUGCAGAUGUCAGAGCUGUUCAACUGUAGGAGUUCGAUGGCAGGAAAGAUCCCCUCCGGGCUGUUCAACUACAUGUUCGACAUGGACGGGUGCGCAUGGGCCCAGGAGGCGUCCAACACCAAGUGCCUCGCCAUGGAUGGCUACUUCAUCGCGCUCCUUGAGCUGCGAAUCGAGCACCAGCCACUUGCUCUUGUGGAUCAUGUCGUCAGAGAUGUUCCUUCGACUUGGGACCCCUGCGCGAUCGCAAGGUUCAUCGAGACCUAUGGCACGCAUGUAAUAAUGGGGUUAAGUGUGGGAGGUCAGGAUGUGGUGUACGUGAAGCAAGAUCACUCCUCCAGCCUCUCCCCUCGUGAGCUCAGACAACACCUCGAUAGGCUUGGGGAUGAGCUAUUCACAGGGACAUGUGCGCUGCCUCCCUUCCACUGGAGAUCUAAAGAACAUAAGCUUAAGGUUCCGGAGGCCUUCAAUGUCUUUGAUCUACAGAAGCAAAAUGUCAAGGGGAUUGCUCCUGUCUUCUGCAAAGAUGGUGUGACAGUCAUGUGCCACAAGAGAGGAGGAGAUACCUCGGCGAGCAGCCACAGCGAGUGGCUUCUAACUGUGCCUUCAUCGCCUGAUGUGAUCAACUUCACCUUCGUUCCGAUAACCUCACUGCUCAAGGGAGUCCCCGGCAAUGGCUUUCUGUCUCAUGCCAUUAACCUGUACCUUCGAUAUAAGCCUCCUCUAUCAGACCUGCGCUACUUCCUGGACUUCCAAGCUCACAAGCUCUGGGCCCCAAUGCACAGUGAUCUACCUCUGGGUCCCAUCUCGAACAGGUCCAUCACGACCCCAGCCCUUACUUUCACCGUAAUGGGCCCCGAGCUGUCGGUCAACUCUUCUCAGGUCAUCGUCGGAAUGCGACCGGUGACGGGAAUGCGACUGCACCUCGAGGGCAAGAAGAACGAUCGGCUAGCGAUUCACCUGGAGCACCUGUCACAUACCCCUGGGUUCAUCGGAGCCCGGCCCGAGGCGGCGCCGGAAUGGCGGGGAUCGGACGCGAUCGCCGACCAGCGAUACUAUGAGCCGGUCCGACGGAAGAAGUUCGCGCAGGUGUGCACCGUGCCGAUCGAGUACGACUCCCCGUGGCGGCCGACCGACGGCGGGGGGAACGCGUUCGUGGUCACCGGAGCUCAGCUCCACGUGACGGCGCACGAGUCCACGAGUGUGCUGCACCUCAGGCUCCUGUACUCGGAGGUGAGCGGCUGCGUCGUGAGCAGGUCGCAGUGGCGGCGAGGCCCGUCGGGCCUGUCUCAGAAGUCGAGCUUCUUCUCGGCCGUCAGCACCUCGUUCUCCGGUGGCCUGGAGAAGGAAAGGCAGCAAGGCCCAGAGGCGCCGGUGGACUCCGGUAUUUUUCCGGUGGCCCCGCCGGUGCCGGUGGGAGCCCAGAAGCUUCUCAAGUUUGUGGAUACCUCUCACCUGUGUCAGGGGCCUCAGCACAGCCCUGGGCAUUGGCUGGUGACUGGUGCGAAGCUGGACGUGGAGAAGGGGAGGAUUGGGCUGCAGGUUAAGUUCUCUCUCCUCACUUCACUUUUAUGAUGUUUGAGGCUCGCAGCUUCAUAGUAUCUUCUCUCUCAUUAGAGUCUCAAGAAGCAAGUUGUACAGUAGAUGGAAAAGAAGUCAUCGUUCUUUCUUCGUUUUGUUUAGCUUUGGAGGAUCAAUUUGUUAUCACCAAGCAGUGCACACUUUACAUUUGCUUUGCUUCUGAUGCCUAAAAGAUCCACACCUUGCUAACAGUUGAAAUAUGAAAGUGAUGCAGAUUGAUAGCAACAGGUGAAAUAUGAAAGUUUCAGCAUCAAAAA